AUGUCGCUGCUAAAGGCUGGCCUGCAGCUUGCUGCGGUAACUGCCUACAGAACAUCACUUACAAACCCGAACCCAUCUGAGACUGCGACCAAGACGAACAACGUCAAGAAACCCCGAUUCGACGAUCUCAUCAUAGGGGCGCUACUCCCGCUUGGCAACUUUGCCAUCGUUCUUCCAGCUUUGGCAGAAAUGCUCAUCGCUCUCGCCCUAUCCUUCCCCUCGCCCUAUUCACCGCGAAUUCUCUCGCUGCUCGGAUACAACCACAAAACGUUCACAGCAGCCCCUUCGGUAUUCUACGUCGCUGGCGCCCUCCUUGCCAUCCUCGGGAGCAUGGGGCGGGUACAUUGCUUCCGCGUACUCGGAAAACACUUCACGUUCAACAUCGGCAUAAUCAAGGACCACGUCCUCGUCACCGCAGGCCCUUACUCAUGGGUCCGACACCCGAGCUAUACGUUUGCGAUGGUGCAGAUCGUCGGCCUGGCCUUGAUGCACACUGCGCCGGACUCAGCCACCGCUUGGGGUUUGAGCGCGGGGACGGGUUCGUGGCUGCGAGAGGCGGAUGCGUGUAAGGCGGUGAGGGCAAUUAUUGCAGUCUUAUGGGGGUUUUCAGCCUCUUGCAUCUUGAAGUUGGCUGUCGAGCGACCGCCUGUGGAGGACGCGUUUUUGCACAGGGAGUUUGGAAAGGAAUGGGAGGAGUACGCCAGGCGGGUCAAGUACAGAUUGAUUCCUGGGUUAUACUGAGUCGCGCAGAUGUCGGUU